UUUCUGAAUGAGGCAAUUCGAUUGUAGUGCGUGUUGCCCUUAAGCUUGCAGAAGGAACAGAGAUGAAAUAAAACAGGCUUCUCAGGCAGUCAUCUGGCAACGGGAGCAAACCUUCGUCUUCCAGAAUUGCUUCACAGGAUACUCCAGGAGGCCAGUGCUUCCUUUGAGGAGAAUUGCAAAGCUCUCACGCUCAGCUCUGAAGGGGCACCAUGGCUACCGAAUUGGGCUACACUGAAGCCCUACACAGUUACCGCGAAAUCUUUCGUAGGUUCCCACUGAAACUGGUCCAUGGGAUCCCCCUGAUGGAACCCAUUGCUGAACAGUGGGCUCCAGUUGAAAAUUUCCAAGCGCGACCGGAUGACCUGGUCAUCUCGACUUAUCCCAAAGCAGGUACUACAUGGAUGCAAGAGAUUGUUGAUCUGGUCCUGGCCGGUGGUGAUGUGGAAAAAGCUAAGCGGGCACCUGUGUAUAUUCGGAUCCCAUUUCUAGAAAUCUGCUCUCCAGGCCCUAUACCUUCAGGGGUGGACUUGUUGGUGAAUGCGCCAUCUCCGCGUGUGAUCAAAACCCACCUUCCCUACCAGCUUGUUCCUAAAAGCUUUUGGGAAAAGAACUGCAAAAUGAUUUAUGUUGCUCGGAACGCCAAGGACAACUUGGUCUCCUACUACUUCUUUGACCAGAUGAACCUGACCCAGCCAGACCCAGGGCCAUGGGAAGACUACAUUCAGAAAUUCAUGGAGGGCCAAGUUCCCUGGGGCUCUUGGUAUGACCAUGUCCGGCGUUACUGGGAGGAGAAAGAAAACCACCGCUUGCUGUAUCUCUUCUAUGAAGACAUGAAAGAAGACUUGGCCCGUGAGGUGCGCCGUGUGAGGGAUUUCCUGGAGGUCGACUUGCCUGAGGACGUUGUGCAGAAGAUAGUCCAUCAUACAACAUUCACGGUCAUGAAGGACAACCCCAUGGCAAAUUAUGAGACCAUCCCCAAUCUCAUUUUUGACAAGUCCAAAGGCGCAUUCAUGAGGAAAGGUGACGUUGGUGACUGGAAGAAUUAUUUCACAGUAGCUCAACAGGAGGAGUUUGAUGCUGAUUAUCGGCGCAAGAUGGAAGGAACAACAUUAUGUUUCCGGGAUGAAUUAUAAAGCUUCUGUAAAAGAGGAUUUAACCUGCCACUUUA